AUGGGAAUUUUACCCGAAUUCGGGAAUGAAACCAUUUGAAUUAUGUCUAACGGAAUUAACGCCGAAACUCAAACUCCGGCCCCAGAAGCACUCGCUUCGGGUUCAUCUAGUGAAGCAAAGAAGAGAAAGUCAUACGUGUUUUACAAAGAGUUGUCGAUUGAAGUUAUUGUGCAGAAGCGUGACGUACUGCUUAAUCAAUGGUCAUUUCUCGUUAGACCGAGUGACCCGAUGGCUAGAUUGGUGAACAAAGUCAUUAAACGGAUCGAUCAUGUUAUGUACCGGACCAGUUUUACGUUUAAAAAUAAAGAGAUCGACUUGACUGAUACUGCUUUGGGAUUAGAGAUGAAGGCUGGAGAUGAAAUAAAAGUGGAACUAAUCGACAAGUGGACUAUUGAUCUGCCAGAUCUUACCGAGAUUAUUUCGAAGGUUAUCCUUAAGCCUACUCAAGAAAAAGGAACUCAAACUGAUCUGUAUUGUUUGAAGAAUGAUGGACAAAUUGAAACACUGGUCCCUAUGGAAAGCCAGGCCUCUUCAUCAAAAAAAGAAGAGAUUUACAAAAUCACUAUACUUGUGACGAAUAGUGGUGAUGAUUUGAUCGAAGUUUGGGAGCAAGAUAUUGAUCCGAACCAACCGAUGGCUUAUUUAUUUAUGCAAAUUGUUAACCGCAUUGACUAUAACAAAGAAAUCAUUCAGGAUUUUAAAGCAGACCUGAGAUGUCAAUCGGCCGCGUUGGGUGCAUUGCAGGAGGCGGCGGAGGCGUAUUUAGUUGGUCUAUUAGAAGACGCAAAUCUCUGUGCGAUACAUGCGAAGCGAGUAACAAUACAACCGAAAGAUCUCAAAUUAGCAAAAAGAAUCAGAGGUGACAAA